AUGGAGAAUAAUUCAGAAUAGUAGGAAGAGAUCUUAUAUUUUGUUAAGGAAAGCAUAGAAUUAGAAAAUAAAUAAAUACAAGAAGUUAUUAUAGGACAUUUUUACAUAAUAUUUGUAUCUUUCAGUGGAUCGAUUUAUAUUUUUGAGAAAGGAGAAGAAUUUUAAGAUGAAAAUGAUGACGAGUUUAUGAAUACCACAGAUUCUUCUAAUGAAGAAAAUCAAAUAAUAAAGAGUAAAUAACAAAAGCAGCCUGAAAAAAAGAAAAAUUUAUUUCUAGAUUUUGAUCAUAAGCUUGAAUUACCUUUUGCAAAAUCUCUCAUUUUGAAUGAUAAAUAAAAAGAAAUUAGGCUGUUAAUUGUCGCAAAAAAUGGUGAAAUGUGCAAUUUGUUUAUCAACAUAGAGUCUUUUAAAAUUAUUAAUUAUCAACUAACAAAAAUGAGCUUAGAAAUAUUAAAUAAAGAGGAUAAGAUCAUCAAAAGUGCAAAAAUAAUUGACUACAAUAAAUUGCUAAUCGUUUAUCCUUUCUAAAUCUAUCUAAUUUAAAACGUUAUAAACUAAAAAACUGUAAGUUUAGCUAAUAUGAUUUUUGAAUGUGAUGCAGAGAUUGAUCAGUUAGAUUAUUUUGACAAUAUUCUAUGUAUUUCUACUAAAAAAAGAUAUUACUCGCUUAAUUUAGCUACUCAGUAAGCAGUAAAAUUAGGAUCAGCUAAAUCAAUUGAAAUGUAAGAUUUUUUGGGUAUAACUUUCUUUCCAAGAAACUAAAAUGAAUCGGUGAUGGCAGCUAGACCAAAUGGAAAUAUGUGGAAGGCAUAAGUGAGCUCUGGAAAAGUUCUUACAACUCUUCAGUUCACAGAUGAAGAUAACAAUAAAUUAAAUUUUGGAAGGCUUUAUGCAUUUAAUAGAUAUAUUCUCUCAAUUAAUGGUUAAAAUAGAUUGUAUAUCAUAGAUAUGAAUGAUAAGCAGCUGAUGACUAAAGUAUUUCCCAAUUGCUCUCAGUUGACUUUCUUAUACAACCAUUAUAAUUAAAGUGAAAAAACUGACUCAAACAAUAAAAAUGAAUUUCAAGAGAGGUCUUUUUAUCUUUACUACAUGGAAAAUGGCAGAAACUUAGUUAUAGAGAGAUGCUCAAUUAAAAAUAUUCAAAAGAGCUUUGAAGCAAGUCUAAGUAAAAAUUCAGUAGGGUAAUGUGCUGAAUUAUUUGAAAAAUAUGAAGCCUUGUAAAAUAUUAAAAAUCUCAAAUCUCUUUUAAAAGCAAACCUUUAAAAUCCAUUAGAUUUAAGGUUCUAAUUUUCAAGCUCUUUUAAGGAUUGUGUAAAGAAGAUAGAAGAAGAAUAGUUUUAAUGGAAUAGAGAAAAAGAGAUAGAACAAAAUGAAUUAAAAGAAAACAUUGAGUCAAUUAAAAAUAGCAAGAAUAAACAACAAAUAUCAUCUAAAAUUCACAAAUCGACUGAAUAAAAUAUUACUAAAAUUAUAGAUGUUGAUAACUUACCUUUUCUUAUGAGUAAUAAAAUAAUUAAAAUAAUUUCGCUUGGGGAUUCUUACUCAUCUUGUUAAAUUUGCCAUUUAACAAACAAACAAAAUACACAAAAAUAUAUAAAAAAUUCUAAUUUUGGUGAUUUCGAAUUUAAGAAAAAGUAAAGUUCAGUUUUAAAAAAAUAACAUAUAUUGCCAAAUGAUAAUUAAAAUAAAUAAACAAAAUAUGGCAAUAAUUAAUAGACACCAAAUGAAUUGCUUUUAGCUCAUAUGGUGUAAAAAAUUCUACCUGGUAAUAAUCUAGAACAAUAAUCUGAAUAAAAACUGAUAAGUAAUAAUGAAUUUAUCCAAAAUAUAAAUUAAUUAAUCUGUUAAAAAGUUUAUUAAUGCUAGAUAGAAGUUUUUAAAACAUAAUUAUUAGAUAAUUUGAGAAAUAGAAAUCCUAAUUAGAAAAAUUUUAUUAAUGAGAAAUUAAAAAGUUUAAGUUUGAUAUAAAUAUUGAUGCUUGUUUCAAGAAACUUUACAAAACAAUUUAUUAGUACUUAAAACAAAUUUUAAUAGAAUUUAUAACUUAAUUACUAAAUUUCAUAUACUAUUUAAUGUAAAAGUAUAGUUGAUAUGUUUAAUGAUACUAAUAUUUACCUCUAAUUGAGCAAAAUUAUAAUUACUAAUCUACUUAUUUAUUAUAUCGGAGAAUCAUUUGCUAGCUAAAUUAUUAAUCAAAAUGAAGAUAACUUACUAGAGUUUGACUAAAUAGCUGCUAUUUUGAAUUAAUUAAGUGUAAAUUGA